AUGUCUGGAAGGCCCGAGGAAGGACUUUACGAUAAUGAGGAAAUUCAAGCGCCUACUGUCCCGCAGGGAGAUCGGAGGAGAGCGAGGUCGGACUUUGAGGGUGACACAGAUCACUCCUCUACGACUCGCAGAAGAUUGGAGGAAAUGCAUCGACCAAAGUGGACCAUGAACAGCAGCGUAGAGGAUAUUCUGCUGGAGGGAAGCACUAACAGGACCAACAUGAAGCUAAAUGAUUUCCUUCGGAGCAAAUUGGGCGACAGGGCGGCCGUUGAUGAAGAAUACAAUGUGCCGAUGGAGGCGUUUGUUCAGGAUCCCGAGAUGUUUAUCCAAAACGAAAGGUUAUUACGCAUAAUAACGGCAUUGCCGUCAUACAGCGAACUAGAAAGAGAGAUGAAAAGAGAGCUGGAUGAGAGGAAAAUUCUAUUUGAGGCUAAUAAUAAGCUUCAUGACGAGGGUAUGGACUCUCUCGAGCAAUGGAGGGACUAUGAAGGAAAGGAUACGGUCACUCCUGUUGCAAGGAGAAAAAUAAACGAAGUUCUCACUCAGGUACUGACAGAAGAACGCCGUGAGGCGGAAGAAAGGGCGAGAUGGGACCAGCAACAAAUAAUAUUUAACUUAUCUGCUAAGAUCGAAGAUUUGUUGUUUGGAGGAAGAGUUCGCGUCCACAAAAUGAAGCUGAACGAUUUUCUUACGAUGGAAUUUGACGGCAGAGGCAUUUUGCGCGCCAAUCGGAGUGUCUUACUGAGGAGUUUCUUUGGUGAUCCCACGAGGUAUAUCCGCGAUGCGGGAGUAUUGAACGAAAUACAGGCAACAGAUGCUUAUGCGAGGAUGGAGAGGACUGUGAGGGAGGAAAUGGGUUUGGAAGAAGAUGUACACAGGCUUCACGAGAAUGGUGUGCUUUCUCUCGAGCAAUGGAGGGACUAUGAAGGAAAGGAUACGGUCACUCCUGUUGCAAGGAGAAAACUAAACGCAGCUAUUUCUCAGGUGCUGACAGAAGAAAGGCGUAAGGCGGAAGAAGGGGCAAGGCGGGACCAGCAACAAAUCAUGUUUAACUUAUCUGCUAAGAUCGAAGAUUUGUUGUUUGGAGGAAGAGUUCGCGUCCACAAAAUGAAGCUGAACGAUUUUCUUACGAGGGAAUUUGACGGCAGAGGCAUUUUGCGCGCCAAUCGGAGUGUCUUACUGAGGGAUUUCUUUGGUGAUCCCACGAGGUAUAUCCGCGAUGCGGGAGUAUUGAACGAAAUACAGGCAACAGAUGCUUAUGCGAGGAUGGAGAGGACUGUGAGGGAGGAAAUGGGUUUGGAAGAAGAUGUACACAGGCUUCACGAGAAUGGUGUGCUUUCUCUCGAGCAAUGGAGGGACUAUGAAGGAAAGGAUACGGUCACUCCUCUUGUAAGGGGGGAAAUAAACAGAGUUCUCACUCAGGUACUGACAGAAGAACGCCGUGAGGCAGAAGAAAGGGCAGUGCGGGAAAAACAAGUAGGAUUUACCCUAACUACUACGAUCAGGGAUGUGCUAUUGGGAGGAAGAGUUCGCGUCAUGGAAAUAAAGCCGAAUGAUUUUCUUACGAUGAAAUUGGACGGCAAAGGCAUUUUGCGCGCCAAUCGGAGUGUCUUACUGAGGAGUUUCUUUGGUGAUCCCACGAGGUAUAUCCGCGAUGCGGGAGUAUUGAACGAAAUACAGGCAACAGAUGCUUAUGCGAGGAUGGAGAGGACUGUGAGGGAGGAAAUGGGUUUGGAAGAAGAUGUACACAGGCUUCACGAGAAUGGUGUGCUUUCUCUCGAGCAAUGGAGGGACUAUGAAGGAAAGGAUACGGUCACUCCUCUUGUAAGGGAAAAACUAAACAGAGUUCUCACUCAGGUACUGACAGAAGAACGCCGGGAGGCAGAAGAAAGGGCGAGGUGGGACCAGCAACAGGUAAUAUUUAACUUAUCUGCUAAGAUCGAAGAUUUGUUGUUUGGAGGAAGAGUUCGCGUCCACAAAAUGAAGCUGAACGAUUUUCUUACGAGGGAAUUUGACGGCAGAGGCAUUUUGCGCGCCAAUCGGAGUGUCUUACUGAGGGAUUUCUUUGGUGAUCCCACGAGGUAUAUCCGCGAUGCGGGAGUAUUGAACGAAAUACAGGCAACAGAUGCUUAUGCGAGGAUGGAGAGGACUGUGAGGGAGGAAAUGGGUUUGGAAGAAGAUGUACACAGGCUUCACGAGAAUGGUGUCAACAAUCUACUUGGUUGGUCAGAAGUUGCUGCGGAGGUAAGAGCAGGUGUUCGCGACAACACUAAAAACUCAUUGGAUGCAGCCGCCAGGGAAGCGAGGAAACCAACGACGACGAUUGCACCGACAUACCUGGAGGGAUACUACGACUCCGUGUACGAUGCGAGUUGGCAUCAUGUCGUGGAGGUUCCUGGCGGCGAGGGGACGCAAACGGGAAUAGGAAUGUAUGUGAGGGAGGGGAAACCACCGCAGUCAUGGACGUACAAGAAAGUUGGCAAAACCUUCGAAAAGGAUGACGGUGUGCAGCAAUCCGGUGCACCGCGUCUCAAGCUGAUGGUGCUCGCCUCGGACAAGGGAUGGCCGUACAAGUGGGGACAAGGGCUGAAUGAAUUUAUUCAUGACUGCUAUGUGAACUGUGAGGUGGAUCGAGUGUGGCAGACCGUCAAGGGCUAUCUCACCGAAUGGUUCAGCAGUCACUGCAAGAACAAAACUUCGCCUGAUCCGCUUGUGUUGAUUGGGACGCCCGGGAUCGGGAAGUCGAUGAAUGCCGGUUCGUACCUCCUCUACCAGCUGCUGCACUGCGAUUUGGAGGAACUCCAAAUGGUUGCGUAUUUUAUUGCGGAUCAAACAUUUCUGUUUGACAAGACCGCCAGAACGGUGUCACUGUACACGAGUGAGGCCAGUAUUCUGAGUAUUUUGGGCGGCUUCUCUCGGCGUGGUGUGAAAGGGUAUAUUAUCUACGACGUGGCAUUGAAGGGUCAUCAACCGUCUGCAGGUUUGCCUUGCGAGGGAUGGGGCAUGAUUGUGGUGACAUCACCGAACAAAAACAACUACGAAUCGUGGGCGAAGCUGGUGCGAGCGAAACAAAUCAUAAUGAAUUGCCCCGAAGAAAACGAUGUGAGGGCAAUGUGCAUUUGGAAGAAGCACAAUCGGCAGCUUGCGGAGGAAGAAGCGGACUACUGGAAAAAGGUGAAUGGUCGAAUGGAUAGAGUGGGACCACUUCUUCGCUACAUCUUUGAUGACAGCGAAUACAAUGAUCGGAUUGACUCGUGCGAAAGUAAAGUUAAAUCAAUGAACCUUUUUGAUACCAACUAUUACUCUAUUUUGGGGACUAAUGAAGUGUGUGAUGAUAGCCACAUCUCUCACAAACUUGUAAGGGUCGUACGAUUACGAGGACGAAAAAAUUCCGAAUUGCCUUUGAAUGCACUGAUAUCUUCCUAUCUCGGAAAUUUAGUGACAUGCAAGUUGGCGGAGUUAAUGGCGCCGAAUGAUUUUAUUUUACUCAUAUUGGCCAUCAAGGACGACCUCUUAUCAAAAACCCUUGAAAAGUAUUCCGUGUUUACAUUUUUGAGCGAGGGCUUUGUAAAUACAAUAAUACCGAAACUCAAGGAGCUGAAACUGGAAAAAAAUGCUCCGCCAAAUCUCUGUGCGCUGGAAUUGUAUCCACAUGAGCGCCCCCUCAAGCCCUGUCUUUUACGGUGCCUGAGCCAGCUUGUUAGUAAGAUUAAUAUAGAGUAUCGGGUGUUGUACAAACCGAAGGUCCAAAACUUUCCGCUGGUGGACGCCUUUUUCUUCGUGGAGUCAGAUCCGAAGACGCUGGUUGGGCUGCAGAUUACUACGGCGGGUGAGCAUCACACCAUACCCAGCACCGUGAGGCAGUUCAAUGAGCGUAUGGCUAAAUAUUUUAAUGGUUGGGAGCAAUUUUCUGAGGGAUUGUCGUGGGAGAUUAUUUAUAUACAGCACGCAGACAGCACGCCGAUGAAUGGCUGGCAGAGAUGUGGUGUCGUCAAUACCAAUAAUUUGACCCCCGCUGAAAAAAAGAUUGUGACGUUCUGGGAGAAAAAGGUACACCAGUAUCAAGUUUCUGUAUCAUCCAGAGACCUUAAAGAAAAAGAAGAAGCUCUCCCAAGUGUGGAAGAACAACAAGAACAGGAAACAGAUUAG